AUGUCCUACUUAGGUGAACGUGGAUGCUCGGAAGAUGAAUUUCGAUGUAAACGUAGUCGCAAAUGCAUCCCGGCAUCUAGAAGAUGUAAUGAUAGGCGAGAUUGUAGAGAUGGAUCAGAUGAACGUAACUGUCGUACAUGUCGGCGAGGCGAGUUUCAAUGUAAAAGAAGUGGCAAAUGUAUUCCAAAAUCUUAUAAAUGCGAUUCUCAUCGCGAUUGCAGGGAUGGAUCGGAUGAAAGAAAUUGUACGUCUUUGAACAAUAGAUCUUGUUACUCUUUCUAUAUUACAAAAAAUCAGCAAUUUCGCUGCAAGCGCAGUGGCAAGUGUAUUCCAAAAUCUUUCGUAUGUGAUGAUCACCGAGAUUGUCGAGAUGGCUCAGACGAAAGGAACUGUAAGGUACGAUGCAGAUCAACGCAAUUUGCAUGCUUCGAUGGUCGCAAAUGUAUCCCUAGGCGGAAAGUAUGCAACCGACGCUUUGAUUGCCCAGAUCGAUCGGAUGAGAAAUUUUGCGGUCAGUGUAGCUUAUUUAAAUUCGAAUGCAGGAGGACUGGGAGAUGCAUCUCUGCAAGAAGGUUUUGUGACAAUUUUGAAGAUUGUUCAGACCGAUCAGAUGAAAAGCGUUGUCCAUAA